AUGUUCGCAAGACUGAUGCUGCUGGCGUGUAGUGGCUUUUCCGCUGCACUGGCAUAUUCGGAUCCAGGAGCUUGCUCAGGAGUAUGCGGCAACACACAUGAUCCAUCGAUCAUCCAACGGAGCGAUGGGAGAUACUUUCGGUUCUCCACCGGCGGCCUCAUCCAGAUCCAUACGGCGCCGUCAAUAUCAGGUCCAUGGACAUUCGCAUGUGAGAUGCUGUCGAAAGCGGCCAGGCUGCAGGUAGAAAACAAUAAGGGUACAGACUUGUGGGCUCCGGAUGUCUCGCUGGUAGGCGAUGUAUACUACGUCUACUACAGCGUCAGCUACUUCGCCAGCCAAAACAGUGGCAUCGGCCUCGCGACUUCAGACACCCUGGAGUGCGGUUCGUUCACAGACUUAGGCCCUACUGGAGUUGCAUCUUGCAACGGUAGUGUGUACAAUGCCAUCGAUCCGAAUCUCGUACCAACCGACGACGGCUAUCAGCUGCUUUUUGGCGGGUUCUGGCAAGAUCUGUACACGGUGGCCUUCAGCGAGCCACCUGCCAGGGCCGCAGGAACCUCAGUGCAAGUCGCAUAUGACCCAUCAGAUAAACAUGCUGUAGAGGGCGGGGCAAUGAUCAACACCAACGGAUACUGGUACCUUUUCUUCUCUGCCGGCCAGUGCUGCGGAUACAGUCGGUCCAUGCCAGCAGCGGGAGGAGAAUACAAGAUCAAGGUCUGCCGCUCGACAAGUCCAACCGAGGGCUUCGUAAGUCUUGUCAGUCGUGUUUAUCCAGAAAGUGCAUUGAAAUUGACCGUGAUCAGGUUGAUGCGUCGGGCACCGACUGCCUCCAGGCAGGCGGCACAAUCGUACUCGAAUCGCACGACAAUGUGUACGGCCCGGGUGGGCAGAGCGUUUACCACGACUCAGAAAAUGGCUGGAUUGUGGUAUACCACUAUGUUGACACGAAUAUCGGAUACGCAGAUGGCGACAAGGUGUUUGGAUGGAAUAUGCUCGACUUCAGCAGUGGUUGGCCGGUCAUUCAGUGA